AGCAAGGAGCAAGACAUAAACAAUUAUGUGGACACUUCUUUGUAUAUUAUCAAACUUCAGACACGUCUAUGAAUCGAGCUGCUGUCUGGACUCAGUGGAGAGAUGGUAAGAGCUGCAUGUCUCUCAGUAACGACCUUCAUGUGUCAGAUAAUUCUGACUGUCCUGCCGACAUGGAUCGCAUGAGCAGGAGCAAAGUGGGACAGGGGCGACAGACGCAUCAGGUCUUACAGAACACUCCUUUAGACCUGAUUGAAACAGGCAAGUCCUUGAAAGUCCAGGCAGAGCGUCCCCACCUGGUCAGUCUGGGAAGUGGACGCUUGAGCACAGCCAUCACUUUGCUACCUCUGCCAGAAGGAAGAACCACACUGGGAAGUGAGGGCACAGAUAUUCCCCUGCAGGGGCCUGGCAUCGCAGCGCAGCACUGCUACAUUGAAAACCAUGCCGGCAGUAUCACCUUGUUCCCAUGUGGAAAUCAGUGCUCUGUAGAUGGUGUGCACAUCUCUAAACCUUAUCGCCUCACACAAGGGUGCAUGCUGUGUUUUGGUCAGUCUGCCUAUUUCCGCUUCAACCACCCGGAAGAGGCUCAGAGGAUGAAGAGCAUGCUGCCUGGAGGAAGCCACGGACUGAACACCACAAAAACGCUUCCUUCAGAGCCCCACGGUGUCCUAAAUGGGAACCAUGAGUCUUUUUCAAGCAACAAUGACUCCAAUAUUAGCAAAAUGGCAAAAAACCUGCAGGACUCCUUGUUGCUGAAGACUUCAUCACCCUCAUCAUCUGGGUUUGUUAAACAGCCUGUUCCUCAACCAUUUCCCAGAGACAUGCUAAAUGGGAGAAACAAGUCCCCCGCAGAGAUCUCCAUUUAUGAAAACAUCGGCUCUCUGGGCCAGAACCAUGACAACAAAGCCCCUCCUGUACCUCCCCGGUCCCCUCAUCCCAACCACUCUCCUGUCCCCCAUCCACGGAUGUCACUUUCUGUGGCCCCAAGUGGUACUAGCGGAAGUCAGUGGGCCCAGGAGAGCCCAACGCCUCGAAGGAAUGUAAGAGCAGAGGCUACAUCAAGCCCCACACCGCAAAGCAAGGGGUCAGGAAAGAGGACAGAAAGCUCAAGUCACAAACCGUCCUCCAUCAAAUUUUCCCCAACAACUCCAUCCAGCCCUCAAUUAAGAGGUUCCUCCCCACAGAAGAAAUCCCACAGCCCCAUGCGAGAGCAGAGUCAGUAUCACUCCCAUGUGGAAGUCCCUCAGAGGCUCAGGACUCAGGACCCAAAUGGGUCCACCAGUCUUAGAGAACUUCCUCCUGUCAGCCCUUACAUGUCCUGCAAAGAGACUCAAGGCUCUACUUCCUCCCUUUCCUCGCAGAGCUUCACUGGUAAAUCUGUCCCAGAGAGCCCCCAAUGCCACCGCAAACUUACAACUCCUUCCAAAGCAGAAGCCAUAAGGGCAAUGUAUGCCCAGAGUCCAUCACCGCUCGCUGGCCUGGAGAAGGAGUUAGGGAGCAGACAGACAAGGCCAGGCCCAGCAAGUGCCAUGCCAGGAUUGAAUUCUGUGUCUGGUUUGUCUCCUCUUGCAAGCCCUCACAACCAAAGAAAGACCUCCUGCAUGACUGUAAAAGGAUCCUCCAGCAAGGAACCCAGCCUAACAAAACCGUUCACCAGGGAACGCAAAAACAGCAUCUCUGAGAUCAGUGACAAUGAGGACGAGUUGUUGGAAUACCACCGCCGGCAGAGAGAGGAGAGGCUGCGUGAACAGGAAAUGGAGAAACUGGAGCGACAGAGGCUGGAGACCAUCCUGAACCUGUGCGCAGAUUAUAAUCAUGAGGACAGUGCUGCGGACCUGGUGAGGAGUGUUCUGCUGGGGGGUGCAAGAGGAACCUGCUCGGACACAGGAGCAGGGAUGUCGCUUCAGGGAGCAGAGAGAUCCCAGGGGGUGCAAGAGAACGAGGAGGAAAUCCAGAGAGAGGAGUCGAGCAGCACAGAGAGCACACAUCAAGAGAGAGAAGAGCUGUUUGCUGGGCAAGAGCAGGUCUACCUGGAGGAGGAGAGGAGCAGGACCUUAGCCAGGGUUGAUGACCUGAAGCACAGAGUCAGUGAACUGGAGCAGCAGCUGCAAGAGACCAAACAGGAGGUGGAGAUGGAGCAGGCCCUGCUGCAGGCAGAGAGGAGGGCAGAGCAGGAGCAGGUGGAAGCUGAAAACAAAAUCAUCUCUCAGCUGCAGCUCAGACUCAGCCAGCUGGACACGGCCACCCAGAAAGAAAAGGACAAGGGGAGGGCUAAUGUGUCGGCUGAGCGGAAGGUCCUGGAAAAGCAGAGGAAUGAGUACAAUGAGCUGAAGAGGCAGUUUGAUAAGUGCCCCUUGUCUCUAAGGGAACAGUUACAGGAGCAGCUCAGCAGGAAAGCUGAAGCUUUGGAGUCUGGGACCAAGCACUUUGAGGAGCUGGAGUUCUGCCAGCUGGAGGAGGAGAGCAGUCUGGAUGAGAAGAAGGAAGCUCAGAGCUCGCAGCUUCUGCAAGAGCGAGCUGAUUAUCACUGCAGUGUGGCCAAGAGGAAGGAGAAGAUGGCCACUCUAGAAGCUCAGGUGAAGCAGCUGGGGCUACAGGCGUCUCAAGACCUUGAAAGGCUGACAAAGGAAAGGGUGGUUACUCUGCAGCUCUUACAGAAGGAGCAAGACAGGCAUUGUGCCCUGGAGAAGAGAUACCACACCCUGACAGGAGGGAAAAACUUUCCAAAGGCCAACGGCAACAUGCCAGAGGAAUUGCUUCACAUCAGCGAACCUGACCUUGUUUAUGUGGACGGUCCUCCUCAUAGCCCCUGUCCCUCCUCUGCCUCCUUCUCCUCCUCUCACAUCCCCUCCCCUGAACUCUAUCCUGUCAGGCUACAAGAGGAGUACCUCAGGCUGGCUGAUGUCUAUAGGAUGUAUGGGAAUGCUUCUGUGCAGCCUCACUCUUCCUCCCCUGCUGCUCUCCACUGCCUCUCCCUUACUGUCGCUCCAACUCUGUCAUGUGAGGAGUACAUCACAGUCAGUCAGUUGAGCCACAUCUUCGGCAUGCAGAGAGUCGACCCCUCCUCUUCCUCCUCUGUUCCAUCAUUCCAACUUGCCUCCUCUGAAUCCGCCUUCACAUUCAACUCCACUGCAUGUGGUCCUUCCUCCUUUCUCUCUGCUCAGAACCAGCCUGAGCUGAGCAGGAAUGCAUUGCCUCCUAUUAAUCUCGAGCGCUGGUACCAGGACAUCAUGGCUGCUGGAGAGCCUCAGUCAUGUCCUCCACCGCUGCCUGCAAAGUCUUUUUCCUCACGCAGACAUGGGCAGCUGUUGAAGUCUAAGUCAGAUGGAGAGGUUGGACAGGCAUCAUCGAGCGCUCAUACGAGCAGCGCGGCAGCCCAGCCACCCUCAGGUGGUGUUACACAUGAGAAAAAUUUCUCCACCAAGGGGUUACAGUUAGUGCUGAGAGAGAUGUCGAACCCAUUAGACAUGGACUCCAGGAGGCAGCUGGCCCUGCAGAGCAAAGAUCCCUCUCCCACAGUCCACCACUCCAUCCUGCACCAUCAGUCGCCACCAAGUGGGAACCAGGCAUAUGACACACUGAGCCUGGAGAGCUCAGACAGCAUGGAGACCAGCGUCUCCACCGGCAACUCUGCCUGUACCCCAGAAAGUGCCUGUGGAUUAGAGACCCAGAGGAUAGAAGAGAUGGAGAAGAUGUUGAAGGAAGCGCAGCAGGAGAAAGCCCGACUGAUGGAGAACCGAGAGAGGGAGGUUCAGGCUCGGCGGCAGAUGUUGGAGGAGGAGCGGAGGAGGCGAGAGGAGGCCGAGAGGAGGCUGCAGGAUGAGACGGCCCACAGGCAGAGGCUGGUGGAAGAGGAGGUGAAGAUGAGAGAGAAACACUUCUCUCAGGCCCGUCCGAUGACGCGCUAUCUGCCGAAUCGCAAGGAGGAGUUUGACCUGCGUGCCCACGUGGAGUCAUCCGGCCACAACAUAGACACCUGCCCCUUUGUCAUCCUCACAGAGAAAAUGUGCAAGGGCCACCUGGUGAAGAUGGGGGGCAAAAUCAAAUCGUGGAAGAAACGCUGGUUCGUUUUUGACCGUCUCAAGAGGAACUUCUGUUAUUACGUGGACAAGCACGAGACCAAGCUGAAAGGGCUCAUUUACUUCCAGGCAAUUGAGGAGGUUUAUUAUGAUCACCUGCGCAGCGCCACCAAGAGUCCCAACCCAUCUUUGACCUUCUGCGUAAAAACCCACGACCGGCUUUACUACAUGGUGGCCCCGUCCCCGGAGGCCAUGAGGAUCUGGAUGGAUGUCAUAGUAACGGGUGCAGAGGGCUACACACAGUUCAUGAGCUAAGGGACCACUGGGUGACAGAUUUGGAGGAUGACGGGGACUGAGCGAGCACCCAGACACCUGAAAGAUAAACAUGAGCUGCUCCCUGUCGGAGCUGAAAUCGAUGGCACACGGCCUCUUGGUGUGUAACUGAUGGACAUCUGAGGAGAUGAGUAAUCCGGGGCUCUCAUAAAAAGCCCGGUGACCUUAAGCAAAUGAGGGCUUAGUCGUGACGGGUGCGUUUCAGAGUUGUAUUUAUCUUUCAGCCGUGAAUAUAAGAGGAAAAAAAACGUUAAAGCAACCUGCCAGUGAAUUUACAACGAGAGCUCUCAACUUCAUCAAUCACAUUACCAAAAUGUAUUGUUAAUACUUACAAUAUAAUUUUAGGACUUUCAGGAUUUCUCACUUUACAUAAGCUCAAACUGUUUACACCUCUGAGGCCGAUCUAUGCAUGCAGUGUUAGCGCUCUGUUUUUUUUUUAUACAUUUCUACCUUUUUCCAUCAGUUGUUGAUUUAUCUCAGACAAAGAAAAAAACUACUUACAAGCAGCUAUUCUAAAUUAGACCUACUUGCCAGUUCAUUAAGUACAGUAGUGAAAACGCAUUCUAAUAUAACAGUCCUGCACUAAAAUCUUCAUGGAGGCGGUAGUAUUCAGCAUUAGUUGUGUACCAACAUGUUUCUAUUAUUAAGUGGGCUAAAUAAUAGAAACAAUUUUGUAUUUAAUUCGACACAUAUUCACAGCACCACAAACUGUAUCAUUCAGUUGAAUUACAACCUUUCUUACAUAUCAGACAUUAGAAUACAGUGCAGGACUCUUAAAUUAAAAUGCAUUCAUUUUCACUAGUGUACCUAAUCAACAGGCAUGUGAACCUUUUGUAAAAGCAUCACGUUAUAUAUUGAGUAAUGAUGAGUUGGUGCCAAAUACUUGUCAUUAAUGUAAUGCCAGUUGUUUUGUCAUAUUUGUAAACAUUAAUAUUACUUUAUAUUGUUCUAAGAGCUCUUCAUUAAGGCAAAUAACAGCAUUAAUAAUAAUAAAAAAGCAUAGUCCAUAUCCGUCUAAUUAAUAAAAAUGGAUGAUACAUCUGC